CUCGUCGCUCUGAGCGGCUCAGCUUAGUACCCAUAGCACGGCCAAAAAAUGGCAUCAAGUUCGGUGCCGGAUUUGGUUGAUAUCGAUCCAUCUACAUUACAUCCUCUGAGCCCUGAGGUCAUUUCAAAACAGGCGACCAUAAAUCUAGGGACUAUUGGGCAUGUCGCGCACGGUAAAUCGACCGUGGUGAAAGCUAUCUCUGGGGUCUUGACUGUACGGUUCAAGAAUGAGCUCGAGAGGAAUAUUACGAUCAAACUCGGAUACGCCAACGCAAAGAUUUACAAGUGCGAGAAUCCAGCAUGCCCUCGUCCAGGGUGCUACCGGUCGUAUCGGUCCGACAAGGAGGAUAAUCCACCAUGUGAACGACCUGGAUGCGGUAAGAGGAUGCAGCUAUUGCGGCACAUUUCAUUUGUUGACUGUCCUGGUCACGACAUUCUCAUGGCCACCAUGUUAAACGGUGCUGCCGUCAUGGAUGCUGCACUUCUCCUUAUUGCUGCCAAUGAAUCAUGUCCUCAGCCACAGACAUCAGAGCAUCUGGCUGCAGUAGAAAUCAUGAAAUUGGAACACAUCAUCAUCCUUCAGAAUAAAGUGGAUCUCAUUCGAGAAGAUGCUGCCCUUUCACAGUACAAAGACAUUCAAACUUUCGUCAAAGGAACGGUCGCCGAGAAUUCACCAAUUGUACCCAUCUCUGCCCAGCUGAAGUAUAAUAUUGAUGCCGUUAAUGAAUACAUCGUCAAGCGCAUCCCAAUACCAGUCCGCGACUUCACAUCUACGCCCCGUCUCAUCGUUAUCCGAUCGUUCGACGUUAACAAACCCGGCUCUGAAGUCCACGAUCUCAAGGGGGGGGUUGCCGGAGGCUCCAUUCUCACUGGUGUCCUGAGACUCGGAAUGCAGGUUGAGGUCAGACCAGGCAUCGUCACGAAAGAUAAUGAGGGCAAAGUUCGGUGCCAGCCUAUCUUCUCAACCAUUGUGAGCUUGUUAGCAGAGAACAACCAGCUCAGGUUUGCGGUACCGGGUGGAUUAAUCGGUGUUGGGACGUUGAUUGAUCCUACGCUCUGCCGAGCAGAUCGAUUAGUGGGACAAGUGCUCGGAGCAGUUGGGCAACUACCAAAGAUCUACACUGAACUGGAAAUCAGUCUCUUCUUGCUUCGACGUUUACUGGGUGUCAAGACUGAUGAUAAAAAACAAACGAAGGUUCAAAAACUCGCAAAGAACGAGGUAUUGAUGGUCAAUAUCGGCUCAACAUCCACGGGGGGGCGUGUGUUGUCGACGAAAGGAGACCUAGCAAAGAUCAUCCUCACGUCACCCGCUUGUACAGAGAUUGGCGAAAAAGUCGCACUUAGCCGGAGAAUCGACAAGCACUGGCGUUUACUAAUCUUUGUCGAUGCUAUAGGCUGGGGAAGCGUGAGGCGAGGGACAGUGCUGGAAGUGGAGUGA